AUGGAGUUAGAAGAAAAAGAGGUUGAAGCUAAAAUAGCUAAGGUCACUCUGAAAACUCACCAGUUGCUUUUUCAACCAUGGACUAUGGAUAGGAUGCAAAAUGAAGCUAUUGAUGAUCCAAGCGUUCAUUGGUUAGAGCCUUUAGUUUCCUUCGAAAUGGGUAAUACCGUUGACUCUCAGUUUGAUUUUUCGGUCACGCCGAGAGCAUUUUUAUUCCGAUGCUUUGAGAAAAUUGAGAAAGCUCCACUAUUGGACUACGACGUUAAUCAUAUGCUAUUUUCAUUAUAUCUCAAAUAUGGAAAACCACAAUUUCAAACCUGGAGCUUGCUGAAUGUGGUUGUUGUAAAAGUUUAUGCACCUUUUCCGGUUGAAAACUUCAUCAAUGUAAAGUUUAAAGGAUUCCGAUGUGUGAGUCGUACUGAAGUUGACUUUUCUCUUGCUAAUCUACUGUGCAUGAAUCCAAACGACUAG